AUGGCUGUUUCUCUCGAUGAACCUGCAUCUUCUUCCGCUUCCACUGUUACUGGUUCUAUUGAUCCAAACAAUCCUCUAUACGUGCAUCCUUCACAUAGCCCUGCACUAAUGCUUGUUCCCGUUCCUUUUGAUGGAAUGGGAUAUCGAUCCUGGAGAAGGAGCAUCAUGCGAUCUCUCUCAGUGAAAAACAAAUUAGGCUUUAUUAAUGGUGAUUUCCCAAAGCCUACUGCAAAUUCUCCUCAAUUGCGUCUUUGGCAAAGAUGCGAUGAUAUGGUCACAUCGUGGAUCCUCAAUUCUCUUGCUAAAGAUAUCGCAGAUAGCGUUGAAUACGUUACUGAUUCGGUUGAAUUGUGGAAGGAAUUGGAGGAUCGAUAUGAUCAAACUAAUGGCGCGAAGUUAUACCAAAUUCAGAAAGAGAUUAAUGAUCUAACUCAGGGUGUUCUGGACAUUACUUCUUACUAUACUAAAAUGAAGAGAUUGUGGGAGGAACUUAGUAAUCUAAAUGCCAACAAUCAGUGCACCUGCACAUGUCUCUGUGGAGCCAAGGAUGGUACACACAAAGCUGAACAAGACAGGCGUUUGAUUCAGUUUCUAAUGGGCCUUAAUGAGGUUUACACCGUUAUCAGGGGCAGUGUCCUCAUGAUGAGUCUUUUGCCUUCAAUGGCACAAGCCUUUUCCAUCUUAAUACAGGAAGAAAAAUAG